AUGUCGCGAAACCACUUCACCGAAACACUUUCUCUCCUUAUUCAUCGAAGCCAAUACAAUCGUUCGCCUGUUCGCGGGGAUAUUGCCCGAACCAAUGGCAUCCGUCGAUGGAAUUAUACAGCUGAGCGGUUCCGAAAUAAAUUGGCGGGAAAUCGCCAACCAAACCACGACGAUACAAAGUAUUUUACGGACCAAUGGUGUCUGAAACUUUCGGAAGAGACCUGCUACGUCAGUUCUCAUUUAAUAGCUGUCGGUGAGUCAGAGGGCGAUUUGCUGAGCAGCCCACUGCAUAAUCCAAUCUGCCUUAUCGUUCAAUCCCAGCCGGCCACGUUACUUCCACCGCUCGAUAAUUACUAG